UCGAACUCUUGUCUUCUAUUUUUGAUCUGGGUCUUACUCCAUUGCUCGGAUAUGCCAUGUGUCUCUGUUCUUCGAUUCUGACUUCACUAUUCGUACAUUAUUUAUAUGUAUUUCAUGUUCGGUGUGCAUUUCAAAUGCUUGUAAAAGAACUAUACUUGAAAAAUACUAGUCCUACAGAGCAUUACUACUUACCAUGAUACUCUCGAUCUACUUCUCGUAUUGCUAAAUCCCAGCUGAUUUCCAACCUUACCAUGUCAAAUUUGCAGAAAUAAAUGGCUGAUGCUCCUACUUUAGCAUUCUAUAUCACGAUAUGUUGCAUUGCUUUCGUUAUAUCAAAGAUCAUCAUUUCAGUUCUCCUUUAUAAACAAUGGAAAAGAAAACGAAUGGUCUAUGAAGAUGGAUUUUCAGGGGGGAAGAUGGUUAUGUUCAGGUCUCCAUUGCUGCUGCAAUCUCUUACAUCUGAUAUGUUAUUAAAGAAGGUGCUGAAAUUAAGCAAUAAGGAUAUCAUUGGUUCUGGAGGAUAUGGAACAGUUUAUAAGUUGGCUAUAAAUGAAUCUGCAGCCUUUGCUGUGAAGAGACUGAACAGAGGAACUGCAGAAAGAGAUCGGGGAUUUGAGAGGGAAUUGGAGGCAAUGGUCGACAUCAAACACCGGAAUAUAGUCACUCUCCAUGGAUAUUACACUGCUCCUCACUACAAUCUUCUCAUAUAUGAAUUGAUGCCUAAUGGAAGCUUGGAUUCAUUCUUGCACGGAAGAUCAACAGAUAAGAAGGAGUUGGAUUGGCCAGCGAGAUAUAAGAUAGCACUAGGUGCUGCAAGAGGAAUAUCAUACCUUCAUCAUGAUUGCAUCCCUCACAUUAUUCACAGAGACAUAAAGUCGAGCAAUAUAUUGCUGGAUCAGGGCAUGGAAGCUCGAGUUUCUGAUUUUGGACUUGCCACAUUGAUGGAGCCUGAUAAGACUCAUGUAUCAACAUUCAUAGCCGGAACUUUUGGAUAUUUGGCUCCGGAAUAUUUUGACACGGGGAAAGCAACUGCAAAAGGCGAUGUGUACAGCUAUGGGGUUGUUUUACUAGAGCUUUUAACAAAGAAAAAGCCAACAGAUGAAGCAUUUUUUGAAGAGGGAACCAAGCUGGUUACAUGGGUAAAAGGAGUUAUCCAAGACAAGAGGGAAGAGAAUGUCAUCGAUAGUAGCUUACAGAGUUACCCAAUUGAUGAGAUCAACCAUGUUUUUAACAUCGCAUUGAUGUGUCUAGAGCCAGAGCCGGCCAUUAGACCAACAAUGGCUGAGGUUGUCAAGAUGCUAGAGAAAAUUAAACCAGCUGAGAAGCUUGUAAAAGAUCACUAACAUCUCUUUUACAGCUCCCUACACCCCUUUUC